UCAAUAUGGAGGAUGCAUGUAGCUGACUGAGAGGGAUAAGUAAGCGUUGGAAGUUUGUGUUCUUUCCAAGGGAAUCAGUUUGAAAUCUGAAUAUUAAAGUGAGGGACAAAUCGUCCAGUAUGUGUGUAGGGAGAGUAGUCCUGUUGGUCCUGGCCCUGGCAAUUGGCCAUGCCCGGGCGGACACAAGUUCUAUAACACGGACUCCAACCAUAGGAUGUUGUGAUUGUGUUACUCUGAUGCCUGACCCCCGCCCAAAUAUUGAACCCCAAUAUAUGCCCUCUCCAUUCCACAUCAAAGUCAGCAAGACUGUCUACAACCCAAAGAACAGUCAAGCAGAGGAAAUUAAUGUGAACCUGACAUCCGUCCAGCCCUUGACAGCUUUCACACGAUUCAUGAUACAGGCUGUGUAUGUCAACACAGACGGUACAGUAAAAGACAACACACCACUUGGCAGGUUUAUCGAUCUCGACUACAACAGUACUGAUCCUGAAUUAAGAGGGAGAACAGAGAUUACCUGUGCAGGCGGGCGUGCUACAAAACAAAGUAAUGCCAACCAACUGAAGAAAAAUGUGCGUCUGGUCUGGAAGCCCGACGUGACCAUGAAGGGGCCUAUUGUGUUCAGGGCCACUUUCAUUCAAGAUGGCAACCGUUUCUGGGUGCGAGAACUGUCUGAGCCUGUCAUUGACAAGAACGGUCCUCCCAUGGACAAAAAACCUACAGAUCCAAACAGACUGCCUUUGAUAGACCCAAUAAACACGAGGGACUGUGGAACCAAAAAGGGUUGUUUCCGGAUCCCUGAAGGCUGCUGGGAACCCUACUGUCAGUACAUUGCCACCUGGGUCCACUUAGGAGGCAAUCGGUACAGAUUUGAAGUUGGAGGCAUCACUGAUGGGAUCACAGACAGAUAUGUGUCACUUGCCAUUUCGAAUGACAUCAGAUGGGGUGGAGACUUGGUAAUGGAGUGUGUCCACAAUGGAGCUACAGGUCUAACACAGGUCUACCUGGCCAAGAGUGUUGACCACUUCACUCACAGACUCAAAAAUCCAAAGGCUGGUAUAAUAGCCGAAGAGGGACAGUUCCUUAAUGGCCGCCUGCGAUGUCGAUUUGAGAAGGUGCCCCAUCCAGAUACCAAAGAUUACCCCAUGUCUGGCUAUAGCCAUCUUCUCAUGUCAAGGGGUGUCGCAGAAUCAGGUGAAGCUGCCCCACACAGAUUUGGUGUAGGAGAGAUUCCUCUGUCCUCAGCUGAUGAGAUUACCCUCUCCUCUACAGCCAACAUUGGUGAUUACGCUCGUUACUCCCUUGUCAAGGGACAUGGUAUCCUCAUGAUUUUGGCAUGGUGUUUCUUUGGCACCACUGGCAUGCUCCUUAUCAAAUAUUACCAAACCAUGUGGCCAAACAAGCGUUUCUUCAGCCAUAGAUACUGGUUUAUUGGACAUAUUAACUGUAUGGCGUGGCUGCUACUACUGGUGAUCAUCGCUAUAAUUCUAAUCUUUGUUGAGGUUGAUGGGUACAGCAAAGCUGACUAUCUACCCUACAAGGCUCAUCCUAUCUUGGGUAUCAUCAUUUUUGUCUGUGUGAUCCUUUGUUUCAUCAUUGCCCUAAUCCGACCUGACGAGGAUAACCGCUGUCGUCCAGUCUUUAACUGGUUCUACUGGUUAUUUGGCACAGUAGCCUGGUGUCUGGCAAUCCCUAACAUGUUUAUUGGGAUGGACUUUGGGAAGUCUAUGGUGCCAUGGUGGGCUACAUGGAUCCUGUGUAUCUACAUAUUGUUCCACAUCAUCGUUGAGAUCACCCUUGAGGUUCACCAAUGUUGUACACACAAGAAAAAUAAAGAACGAAGGAAGAAAUAUGAGUUCCAGAAGAGAGACAAUCCUAAAGCAUACAUCCCAGAGCCAGAACCAGCAGGUCGGAGGUUCAAGAAGAACAUGCUGUUAGCUCACUUCAUUGUGACAUGUAUCGUAGCUCUCAUCAUGGUCAUCUCCAUAGCAGCAUCCUAAACAGCUGGCUUAGUCUGAAUGACCAAUGUCCACUUACUCAGGACACCUUCAUUGGUCAUUUGUUAUCAUGUGAUAUAGUAGUGGUGCUUUGAUUGACUGUAAUAAUGAUAGUAAUCUUUCACUAUAUUAGGAUGUUAUUUUCAGUAUACAGAAUUAUGAUAGAUAGUAUUGAAACAUAUGGCUGUAAUUUAAAAUUUUAUCAAAAUUAUGAAACAGUCAAAGCAUUACACUUAUAAGACAAGAUUGUAAACAAGAAUGGUAGGAACUCAGAUUACAAAUGUACUGAUGUAGUUAAUGGUUGAAAUAAGAGUUUAGGUAACUCUGAUAAAAUGUACUGUUGUAAUUAAUAGUUUAAAAAACCAAGAGUUUGAGUAACUCAGAUGUACAACUGUAUGGUUAAAACAAGUAACUCAGAUAUGGUAAUAGAAUGACACCAAGUUACGAAUACAUUUUAAUUCCAAAACAUGUGUACAUAUUCAAAUUCUUAUUGUGCCAGAUAAAGGAAGGAUGUUUGUAAAAGUGUGCACAGUGAUAUAUCACAGAGAGGUGAAUGUGUUGUCGUUCAGUGAUCUAAUGGUAUUCACAUUAUGCAAACAAAAAUAGUGCAUCUUUCAACCAAAGGUAUAGGAAAGUCAGAAGCCUUACUGCAAGUAAUCAUACCUAUCAUGUUAAAAAAAAAGAUCUUAGUGUAAUAGAUAGUUGAUGCUUACAUGAGGUUCCCUAUAUAUAGUAACAGGCUAUGCAUCAUUGCCACACUUCGCCAAGUCAGGAUAAUAUUCAUUUUUACCUAUAGGAGAGAGUGCAUUCAGUAUAUUACCUGUGUCAUCCUUGUAUGGGUGUGUCCAUUGAAAUAUUAUAGUAAUGUUCGGUAGUACUGUUAUUCUGCUUUAAUUUGUAUGCCAUAUAAUACCAUAUACAUCAUGUCAUAUUUUCUGAUCCAUUGUCAGAUGAUUUUCAAACCUUCUGAAUGUAACAUUCAAAACUGUUUUUUGGUGUUUUACAAGCAUAUUGUCAUCAAAUCUGAACUUUGUGGAGGUUGUUUGUGUAGAGGUAAGAUUUGGGUGUCAACAUUACCAGUCUUUACGAAACUGUUCGCUCUGACAUAAGAAAAUAUGCCUAAAUGCUCGCAUAGUUAUUAAUAAUAUUAGCUCUCAUUUAAAAUAUUCGUUAAGUUGUUCAUCAGCACCUCCUUUGUAAAAACAAUGAAUGAAGAAAAGUCAGGUUUUGCUAGGCAAGAAAAAUGGGUCAAGAUUAAAUCAGUUUGAUAUAAACCUGUGAAUGAGUAGGUGAAUCUUUGUAGAUAUAUAUGUUACUGAUAUAAAUAUUUUAAUACUGUUACGUAGGAAAUUAUCAAAACAGUCGACUUUUUUUUCACUGUAAAUAUUUACAGUUUGAAAAUAUGAACUUUAUCACUGUUAAGUGAACAUUGAUACGGAUUUACAGGUUCCUUAAUACCUGUACUUAAGUCACAAAAUUAAAAUUUGUCCUUGUUACUUGUAAUCUUGAUGAAAAAGUGAAUUGUUAUUUACAUGUACACAAUGAACAGUAAAUAAACUUCACAAAAAUAUCAUGUUUAUCAAAUAAAAACCAGCAUUUACAUACAACUAAGUAUCUCAGCAAUGUUAUGCUCUAAAUUUCCAUGCCAGUGUUGUAUAUAUCUCAUUGUACGCUUGUUUGAAUGUGAAAGGGAGAGAGUGUGGAAUUAUUUACUCUAGAUGUCUACUUGUUUCUCAACAAAACAAGUCCUCAUUGCAAUGGUUGUAGCAGGGUCUCUAGGUAGUAAGGUCAUUACCUGUAUAUUUGUUACCUGUAUAUAGUUAGAUCUGACUACAUGUGUAUAUAACAAUAUAGAGUAUUUUGUUGUAUAAUUUAGAUAACUGCUUUAUAAGUCUGAAUGUAUAUAAAUCUGUGUCGCCCAUAUUAUCCAAUACACAGUACAAACUGUACAAGGAAUGCCAGUGAAUCUCUGUUUGUGGUAUGUAGAAAAAAUUCAGAAAUUGUUGUUUAUCUAAUUGAGAGAACCUAAGUCACAGAAUUCCUUUUUUAACAUCUUCAUUAAUUCUUUUACCUUGUCUAAUUGGCUCAAGACGUUUGGAAAGGAAGUGUAGAAGUAGAAUUUAAGAGUUAAAGAAUAUCCAGUUUUUGAGAUUUUUUUUAAAAAACUUAAAACUGAACUAGUUUAUUUAUAACCUUAAAUUUUCUUGCAAUGAUUUUCAACCAAAUGUCAAUUUUUUUUCCUUCUGAAUUUGAUCCCAUCUCUUUAAUAUCAACACAGUUUAGUUGUUCCUACCACUCAACAGUUAUCCCCCUUGUAUACAAGUGGGUUUUUGCCAUGCGAUAUUUUUACUAUGCUGAAUAAUAUCAGGACCUUUAGUCACUGAUGCAUGGAGUUAUGGAUGAACCGGGUAAAAUUGGAUUCUGACAGUGCAGUCUGUGAUGAUUUUGUCUAUGGUGGUCAGCGAUAGGAAUAUAAGCAAUGAAUGUGUUGCUAAAUUGUUGAUUGUUUUUUGAUGGUUUAUUGUGUUAGAAAUUUGUUUUAAUAUAUUUUAUAUGUUAUUACCAGAUUCAAAAGGGAUUUAAUCUUCUGAAUGUACUGUAUCGACACUGUCUUCCUUGCAAAAUUUUCAAUCAGAAGUACUCAAUCUAAUCCCUUCCCUGUGACCCAAUACUUAGCUAUGUAUUGUUAGAUAUACCCUGUCAUGGUAUAUGUCAGUUAGGAGAAAAGUUAUUCUAUCCAUAGAAAAGACUUAGUUAUCAGCCUAUACUAGAUACGAGAUAAUAAUUUCUAUUUGGACAUAAGGUAGACUAGUAUUACAACAUGCAAACAAUUCUAUAGUAUUUAUUUUUUGGGAAUUAAGCUUUAAAAAGAAAACGAUUUUGAGAUGGGAUACUUUUAAAUGGGAAAGAAGACUUAGCCUUGAACAGGGGCUUAAUAUAAUUUAUGUAAAUAGUCUACAGUAUAAAAUUAUAGCAUACAAUGCAUAUAUAUUUACAAAUAAGCUUUAAACAUAUGUUAUAGAUACUUUAUCAGUGAUAGCUGUGAUGAGAGUCGACACAGUUGAUGUAUGGACCUGAUUGCCCCACCUAACUAGACAACGAUAUUGAUGAAUGUACAUAGCAUGUGCAAGUUUUAUUUAUAUUUGAACUUUUAUAUUAAUAUAUCUGUAUUUUUGCAUAGGAAUGUGCUUUGAUGUGGUAUAUCUGACAGCAAGUGUGGAUGGAAAACUUAUUGCUUUUACAAAAAAAAAAUAUAAAAAAACAUAGUUAUAUACAAUAUUUAGUAUUUUUGUUUCCCUUUCUCUCAUUUUUCUUUUGUUUUCACUUUUUGAUCAACAUAUUCUUUGUUCUGUUAAUUACUUUUCUUCUUGAUGUAGAAAGUUCUAUAUGCUGAUAUUUUACAUAAAAUGGAGAUCUGAGACCACCACUUUGUAAUUUUGAUGAUUCAGCUGACAGAUUACUUCAGUUUUACUCUUUAUUCAUAGUAUGUAUAGAACUUUUUAUGAAAGUAGAUAUCUUAAAACUGAUUUGUGAUAUUUUUGAUAUGCAGAAAAGUGCAAUAUGUUUAUGAACUAUUAAAAUUAUAUUUUAUAAAGCAAUUUCAAGUCCAACAAGUUUUAUAAAAGUACAAAAAAUAGAUAAUGGUCGAAAAUUAUUUUUGUACAUGGGGAAAUAGUCAAAAUCAUGAAUAAUUUGUAAAUUGAAGCUUGAAAGAAACUAUAGUAAAAUAGGAUUAAACAUCUGAUUUAUGUAUUUGCUUUAUAUUUCUAAUAAAUAGUAAACAUGCGACAAAA